GAGUUGAAAACGCGCACGCGCCUCGCAUCGGCCUAUAUAACUAGUUGCUCUCCGUCGCCACAAAUACAGAAAGAAAAAACUAAGCCUAUCUACAGUGGAAGCAAGAACUAAGUUAGUGAGCACAUACCAUCAUCUACCAUGGGUUAUGGCCAGGCCAUGAGGCAGGUGCUUGUAGCUGUCCUUGCUAUAAUCUCCAUCCGGCGGCACUUGGUCGCCGCCGCUGGCGAUGCGGUCCAGCCGAGUAGCAAUGCCUUAAAGCAAGUACCGGCUAUGUACGUGUUUGGGGACUCGACGCUAGACGUCGGGAACAACAACUACUUGGCGGGGGCAGACGUCCCUAGAGCAAACACGCCACUUCACGGCAUCGACUAUCCGGGAUCCAAGCCGACCGGGCGGUUCAGCAACGGGUACAACAUCGCAGACUCCAUCGCAAAGAAGCUAGGACUGAAGGAGAGCCCUCCGGCUUAUCUGUCGCUCACACAAGGCACCACCCCCAUGGUUGUCACUGCUCUCACUGAAGGUGUGAGCUAUGCUUCCGCUGGAGCCGGCAUUCUGGACUCCACUCAUGCGGGGGACAACAUCCCGUUAUCGAAGCAGGUGAUGUACUUCGAGUCUACCAAGGCCAAGAUGCAGGUGAAGGUGGGCAGCGCUGCGGUGCACAUCCUGCUCUCAAGAUCAUUCUUCCUCAUCAGCGUCGGUAGCAACGACCUGUUCGUGUUCGCAGCUGCGCCUACCGACGUUGUCGCGCUCUACUCCAGCCUCAUCUCUGGCUACUCCGCAACUAUCACGAGCUUGUACAACAUGGGCGCGAGGAAGUUUGGGAUCCUCAACGUGGGGCUCCUCGGCUGUGUGCCAACCGUGCGGGUGCUCAACUCAACGGGCGCGUGCAACGACGGCCUCAAUCUGCUUGCGGCGGGCUUUGAUGAUGCGCUCAAGUCUCUCAUGGUCAGCCUCACCGCCAGGCUGCCAGGCCUCGUCUACUCCCUCGCCGACUUCUACAGGCACACAGAAGUCACCUUCGCAAAUCCACAGGCAUAUGGGUAUGUAAACAUAGACAGCGCGUGCUGCGGGGGUGGGAGGCUGGGGGCGGAAAGUGACUGCCUACCCAACUCGGCGCUAUGCGGCGACCACGACAAGUUUGUCUUCUGGGACCGGGUGCAUCCUUCGCAGCGGGCCGGGGAGCUCAGCGCCGCUGCAUUCUACGACGGACCGCCUGAGUUCACAGCGCCGAUCAACUUCAAGCAGCUGGCCCGAAACAUUUAGGCCACGAAUCGGUCUAUAAUGACUCCGCAAUCCACACUGUAACUAGAGUUACCCACUAGGCUGAUAUUUCAUCAUGUUGAAAGUGAAAGUGUUUUUGUAUCUUACACCCUCCUUGUUCUAAUUCAUUGCAAACACAUGAUGUUCUAAUCGUGAAUAAACAGUGAAGUUGUAUUCGGUCCU